AACAGCAGCCUUCGCUUUUUUUCCCAAUAACUCGUGUCCACAAAAUGCCACUCUCUCUGCUAUUUAACUUCCCACGUGGAAGUAAUAAUUUUACGUCAGAGAUGAUGCCGCCGGUGCCGCUCAAUGAAGAACUCGUUGAAACGACUGAAACUGAAUUGCCGCGGCUGCAUCGCUUCACGCAGCUCGCUUUAGCCAAGUCCUGUGAGUUACUUUUUCAGUGACUUGAUGAAUUACCGAACAAACGGAACAAGUUUUACGCAGGAGCACAGAGAUUACAAAUGCACCGGUAAAAAAAAAAAAAAAAAAAAAAAAAAAAAAGAAAAAUUAAGGCGAUCAUUAUUAGAGUUGACAAGUGGGCACGCGCGCGAUUUAAAUGAAUACACAACCGAAAGUGAGACGGACGCCGUCGCGUCGUCAGCAGGCGCUGAUCCUGCUCGUCAAUGACCUCCCCCCGCACACACACAGUUGAGUGUGAAGGUAAAGAAGCAGAGCCCACCUGAGCGGAGAGAGAAGGACAAGAUGAUGUGCGAAGUGAUGCCCACGAUCAGCGAGGACACUGCCGCCAGCCAGCGGGGCUCCCAGAGCAGUGUCUCGGACCCGGACUCGCACUUUGAGCAGCUGAUGGUUAACAUGUUGGAUGAGCGUGACCGGCUCCUGGACACACUACGUGAGACACAGGAGAGCCUAGGCUUGGCCCAGCAGCACCUGCAGGAUGUCAUAUACGACCGUGAUUCGCUGCAGAGGCAGCUUAGCUCUGCCCUGCCACAGGAGUUUGCAGCCCUGACCAAGGAGCUUAAUGCCUGCAGGGAGCAGCUACUGGAAAAGGAGGAGGAGAUCUCGGAGCUGAAGGCCGAGAGGAACAACACCCGACUGCUGCUAGAGCAUUUGGAGUGCCUUGUGUCCCGACACGAGAGGUCGCUGCGUAUGACCGUGGUCAAGCGCCAGGCCCAGUCGCCCUCAGGUGUCUCCAGCGAAGUUGAGGUCCUCAAGGCGCUCAAGUCCCUGUUCGAACAUCACAAGGCCUUGGAUGAGAAGGUGAGAGAGCGCUUGCGGGUGUCGCUGGAGAGGGUCUCUGCUUUGGAGGAGGAGUUGACGGCAGCAAACCAAGAGAUUGCAGCCUUGCGGGAGCAGAAUGCACACAUUCAGAGAAAAGUGGCAUCUGGUGAAGGAGGGGAUGAGCUGCUGGAGGGCACUGACACAGGACAGAAGAUCCAUAGCAAGCGGCUCUCUAAUGGCUCUAUGGAGUCGGCGGAUGAGGCCAGCCAAGUGGUGGAGCUGCAGGAGCUGCUGGAGAAACAGAACUAUGAGCUGGCCCAGAUGAAGGAACGCAUGUCCUCGUUGGCCUCGCGCGUCUCUGAGGUGGAGCAGGAGCUGGAGACUGCCCGCAAGGACCUCAUAAAGUCUGAGGAGAUGAACAGCAAGUACCAGAGGGACAUCAAGGAGGCCAUGUGUCAGAAAGAGGACAUGGAGGAACGUAUCGUCACUCUGGAGAAACGCUACCUCAGCGCCCAGCGGGAGUCGACCUCAUUGCACGACAUCAGCGACAAACUCGAGAAUGAACUGGCCAACAAGGAGGCCCUGCUGAGACAGAUGGAGGAGAAGAACCGACAGCUGCAGGAGAGGCUGGAACUGGCUGAGCAGAAGCUGCAGCAGACCAUGAGGAAGGCUGAGACGCUGCCGGAGGUGGAGGCUGAGCUGGCCCAGAGGAUAGCCGCCCUCACCAAGGCAGAGGAGCGGCACGGGAGCAUCGAGGAGCGCAUGCGGCACCUGGAGUGCCAGCUGGAAGAGAAGAACCAGGAGCUGCAGAGAGCGCGGCAGCGAGAGAAGAUGAAUGAGGAGCACAACAAGCGCCUCUCGGACACCGUGGACAGGCUGUUGACCGAGUCAAAUGAGCGAUUGCAGCUCCACCUCAAAGAGAGGAUGGCAGCGUUGGAGGAAAAGAAUGUUUUAAUACAGGACUCGGAAAACUACAGGAAGCAGUUGGAAGAUUCACUCCAGGAAAAAACACAUCUUGUGGAUGAGAUUGAGAAGCUGAGAUCAGAACUGGACCAGUUCAGAAUAAGGACUGGGUCGCUCACGGAACCCACCUUGUCACGGUCUCACCUGGACACCUCAGCAGAGCUGCGCUUCUCCUUGGGAUCCCUGACGGAGACCCAGUCGGAUCACUACAGAUCGGCCAAGGUGGUCCGCAGGCCUCGGAGAGGCCGCGUGGGCAUCUGCAGGGAAGAGCACAGGGCCAAGUCCUUGGGGGAGCAGGAGUGGCGGACACAGCAGCUCCUGGGAAGCCACCCUUUUGAGAGUGACACGGAGAUGUCGGACAUCGAUGAUGAUGACCGAGAAACCAUCUUCAGCUCUAUGGACCUGCUGUCACCUGGCGGCCAUUCGGACGCCCAGACACUGGCCAUGAUGCUUCAGGAGCAACUAGAUGCCAUCAACAAAGAGAUUCGGCUCAUCCAGGAGGAGAAGGAGUCAACGGAGCUGAGGGCAGAGGAGAUUGAGAACCGCGUGGCCAGCGUAAGCCUGGAAGGGCUCAAUCUGGCCCGUAUGCAGCACCCUGGAAUGUCCAUCACAGCUUCAGCCACGGCCUCCUCGUUGGCCAGCUCUUCUCCACCCAGUGGAAAUUCUACUCCCAAGCACACCCUGCGCAGCCCUGCCCGGGACAUGGAGCGCAUGGGCGUCAUGACGCUGCCAAGUGAUUUAAGGAAACACAGAAGAAAGAUAGCAGCAGCAGAUGAUGAUGGCCGGGAAGACAAGGCUACUAUAAAGUGUGAAACCUCGCCACCCCCUACGCCCCGCCAAGUGCGAAUGACCCACACGCUGCCCUCUUCGUCCCACAACGACACGCGGGGCAUGCCAUCGACCCUAGAGGCAGAGCCCAGCGCCCUGAGCAGUGUCGCCAGCAGCCAGGACUCCCUGCACAAGCAACCCAAGAAGAAGGGCAUCAAGUCCUCCAUCGGGCGCCUCUUUGGAAAGAAGGAGAAAGGCCGAAUGGUCCACCUAAGCAAAGAGCUUGGAGGAGUUAUCCAAGUGGGUGCAUCUGAUCCGGAGCUGACUGGUCAAGAUAUGGCACCAGGAAAGCUGGGCACUCAGGCAGAGAAGGACAGGAGGUUAAAGAAAAAGCAUGAGCUGCUGGAGGAGGCCAGGAGGAAAGGGCUGCCCUUUGCCCAGUGGGACGGGCCCACUGUGGUGGCCUGGCUGGAGCUGUGGCUGGGAAUGCCUGCCUGGUAUGUGGCAGCCUGCCGCGCCAACGUGAAGAGCGGCGCCAUCAUGUCGGCGCUGUCGGACACAGAGAUCCAGCGGGAAAUCGGAAUCAGCAACCCGCUGCACCGGCUUAAGCUGCGACUGGCCAUCCAGGAGAUGGUGUCCCUUACGAGCCCUUCUGCGCCGCCCACCUCCAGAACCCCCUCAGGCAAUGUCUGGGUGACCCACGAGGAAAUGGAGAACCUUGCAGCUCCCACCAAAACGAAGUCAGACUCUGAAGAAGGAAGCUGGGCACAGACCCUGGCCUACGGAGACAUGAACCACGAGUGGAUCGGUAACGAGUGGCUGCCCAGCCUAGGUCUGCCUCAGUACCGCAGCUACUUCAUGGAGUGCCUGGUGGACGCGCGCAUGCUGGACCACCUGACCAAAAAGGACCUGAGGGUGCACCUGAAGAUGGUCGACAGCUUCCACAGGACAAGUCUGCAGUAUGGAAUCAUGUGCUUGAAGAAACUGAAUUAUGACAGGAAAGAGCUGGAGAGGAGGAGAGAACACAGUCAGCACGAGCUUAGAGAUGUGCUUGUAUGGAGCAAUGAGCGUGUGAUCCGCUGGGUGCAGAGCAUCGGUCUCCGCGACUACGCCAACACCCUGCUGGAGAGUGGUGUGCACGGCGCCCUCAUCGCCCUCGAUGACAACUUUGACUAUAGCAGCCUGGCGCUCCUGUUGCAGAUCCCCAACCAGAGCACACAGGCACGACAGAUUCUGGAGAGAGAGUACAACAACCUGCUGGCACUGGGCACUGAGAGGAGACUAGACGAAGGCGAUGACAAGGACUUCCAGAGGGGUUCCUCAUGGAGGAGGCAGUUCCCACCGCGGGACGUCCAUGGGAUCAGCAUGAUGCCCGGGUCGGCCGAGACGCUGCCUGCUGGCUUCCGCCUCACCACCACCUCCGGCCACUCGCGCAGGAUGGUCCCCGAAGUGGGUCCAUCUGUGGUGCAAAGGUUGGACAGCUCCACUGUGAGGACCUACUCCUGCUGA